AUUAUUGUCUUUUUACCUUACCAAUGUCAUUUUAUCCUAUUUUAUCAUUGUAAUAUUAUUGCUGAGGUGACCCGUUGUCUUGUCAAACACAUUUCAUAGAAACAUAGAAAAUAGGUGCAGGAGUAGGCCAAUCAGCCCUUCAACCUGCACCACCAUUCAAUAUGAUCAUGGCUGAUCAUCCAACUCAGUAUCCCAUCCCUGCCUUCUAUCCAUACCCCCUGAUCCCUUUAGCCACAAGGGCCACAUCGAACUCCCUCUUAAAUAUAGCCAAUGAACUGGCCUCAACUACCUUCUGUGGCAGAGAAUUCCACAGAUUCACCACUCGCUGUGUAAAAAAUGAUUUUCUCAUCUUGGUCCUAAAAGACUUCCCUCUUAUCCUUAAACUGUGACCCCUAAUUCCCCAACAUCGGGAAUAAUCUUCCUGCAUCUAGCCUGUCCAACCCCUUAAGAAUAUUGUAAGUUUCUAUAAGAUCCCCCCUCAAUUUUCUAAAUUCUAGCGUGUACAAGCCAAGUCUAUCCAGUCUUUCUUCAUAUGAAAGUCCUGCCAUCCCAGGAAUCAGUCUGGUGAACCUUCUCUGUACUCCCUCUAUGGCAAGAAUGUCUUUCCUCAAAUUAGGAGACCAAAACUGUACGCAAUACUCCAGGUUUGGUCUCACCAAGACCCUGUACAACUGCAGUAGAACCUCCCUGCUCUUAUACCCAAAUACUUUCAUUGUACCGUUGACCCUGUGUUAACCUACAAUAUGACAAAUAAAACUGAAUUGAAUUGAAUUGAAUUAAAUACAGGGACACUAGUGAGAUCACCCAUUUACAUUUGUUCUACAUUAUCUAACUCCAGUAGCAAUUCAACAGCGCUUGCAGCGCCGGAGACCCGGGUUCGAUCCUGACUAGGUCUGUCCUGAGUAGGUUUGUAUACACGCAGCAGCUCAGCUGUUUAUCACAAAUGAGCUAUGACCUGGGCAUGUGCAGUCGGAAUACCAAACUCGUUUAUUCCACACAUUCACAACUUUCUGGCUGAAAAUGUUUUUUCUCAACUCAAUCCAAAAUGGCCUACCCAUUAUUACAUCUAUCUUCGCACACAACCUGCUCACUGGAUACAGCAGAACACCCAGGGAGCAGGUCUCCGGAACGUUCAUCUUGACUUACGCUCUUCACUCUUUUGUUGAACCCCAUCAACUCUGCUAAAAUAGUCAGAAGAACACUAAAUGUCAAGUAAGAUUUUCACACCAAAAUAUUUCCCCGUACUGUACCUCCAAAAAGCGGGGGGAAAAACUAGUCUUGGUGAAAAUAAACUCCAGAGACAAGAGUUUUCCAUUAUCAUAUGUACCGGCCACUGAACGGUGAAAUUUUACAUUAGGGUCCUGACCCGAAACUUCGUUGUCCAUUCCCUCCGCAUACGCUGAUUUACCCGCUGAGUUCCUCCAGCACUUCGUGUUUUGCUCAAGAUUCCAGCAUCUGCAGUUCCUUGUGGCUCCAAUGAAAUUCUUCCGUGCUGCAACCUAACCGGCGCAUAAACGCAAUAACACAUAGAUAAAUACAUACUGUAAUAAUCAAUAUAAUUCAGUGAUCAUGUUGCUAAAAACGAAUGUAUUUUAAAGUUAUAUUUAAAAAAAUCAAAUCUGUCGUUCAAUUAUUAUUUUUGGCAUUAAACAAAUCGACUGCGCGGCGAGUCUUUGAAACGGGGCAUCUCAGCUUGAAACACAGAUAUCUUGCCAUUUUAAUAAUCUAACUUAAAAUUACUCCGUCCUUUUUUUAGUUGAAAAGCAGACACAUGAGGUGUGGGUUUAAAAAGUUGACAAGGUAUAAGGCGGUCCCAGUUGAUACGUUGAUGCCCACGUUAUCAAUCUCUACACAAAUCAGUCUGAAGGGUCCCGACUCGAAGCAUCGCCUGUCCAUUCCUCCACAGAUUCUGCCUGACCGGCUGAGUUCCUCCAGCACUUUGUGUUUUGCUGCUGAUUCGUGUCUCCAAUCUUCACAACCAUUUGCCUAAAUAUGAUGCAAUGUCGUGCAAUGAUCGACAUUGCACGCGUUUUUUUUUCCAGAAUAUUACCAUUCCCUUGAUGAAAAUUAUGCAAGGGGCAUGGAAAUAUCGGAGGUGGAAUAUUCAGUCUUAGCACAUUUUAUUAAACUGCGGGCAACGUCGAUUAUUUAUGAAGCUAAAGGACCUCAAGGGGGGGGGGGUCCAACAAUACGUAGAUUCGAACAGCUGUGGGAAACUUCUCCAUGGUUUCCUGGACCGCAGGCUCUUUAUGUAACAUAUUAUUCUCCCAGUCCUCUUUUGUAGCCGAUUAUUGUCCUUGGACGAUGGACAGCCCGACGCAGCAAUCAGAGGACGGGCUGCGAUUUGGCCUGGGCACGAUGGCCAAUGGGAACCGUGAUGGGCGGGACGGUGGGUGAUGGCUUUAACGCGAUCUACAGCAAAGAUUUACAGCAGCUUGCGAUCACUAGUGUGCUGCAAAUAUAUCUUUGGUGUGCAGCGCUGGAGCUUGCAACACUGCUGCGUUCAGGGAGCCACUUGCAUUGCUGGUGUGCCGCCUAGAGCUUGCCUAAUUCAGGGAGAGACUUGCAUUGCCGAAACUUGCCAUUUUCCUGAGUUCAGAAAGGCUAGCAUCACAUAAGCACCAUUGCUGAGUUCAGGGUACCGCUCUCUUCGCUGGGGUACAGCGCAGAAGCUUGCAACAUUGCUGAGUUCAGGCAGCGCCGUGCAUCGCUGGAGUGCAGCGCAGAAGCUUGCAACAUUGCUGAAUUAAGGGAGAGGCGUGCAUCGCUGGCGUGCAUUGGCGAAGAUUGCAAUAUUGCUGAGUUGAAGGAGCGCGGCGCCCUGCAGCGCCGUGCAUCGCUGGUGUGCAUCACAGACGCUUGCAACAUUGGCGAACCGAAGGAUCGGCGUGCAUCGCUGGCUUGCAGCGCAGAAACUUGGAGCAUUGCUGACUUCAGACAGCGGUGUGCAUCGUUGGCGUGCAUCGCCGAAGGUUGCAGCAUUGCUGAGUUGAGGGAGCGCUGCGCGUCGCUGGGGGGCAGCGCUGAAGGUUGCAACGUUGCUGACUUCAGACAGCGGUGUGCUUCGCUCGCGUGCAUUGCUGAAGAUUGCAGCAUUGGCGAGCCAAGGGAGCGCCGUCCAUCGCUGGCGUCCAUCUCUGAAGGUUACAACAUUAGUGAGGCGAGGGAGCGCCGUGCGUUGCUGGCUUGCGGCGCAGAAUCUUGCAACAUUGGUGAGCCGAGGGAGCGGCGCGCCCCGCCGCCGGGCUUGCAGCUACCCCCAAUGGAGGAGAUGGAGGAAGAGCUGAAAUGCCCGGUGUGCGGGGCUCUAUUCCGAGAGCCCAUCAUCCUGCCCUGCUCGCACAACCUGUGCCUGGCCUGUGCCCGCAACAUCUUGGUGCAGACGCCCGAGGCCGAGUCCCCGCAGAGCCGAGCCUCGGCUGCCGACUACGACUACCUGGACCUGGACAAGAUGAGCCUUUACAGCGAGGCGGACAGCGGCUACGGCUCAUACGCCGGCUUCACCAGCGCGCCCGCCACGCCGUGCCAGAGGUCCCCGAACGGGGUGCGGGUUUUCCCACCGUCGCUGGCCGCCCGCAACUCGUGCAUCACAUGCCCGCAGUGCCACCGCAGCCUGAUCCUGGACGAGCGGGGGCUUCGCGGCUUCCCCCGCAACCGUGUGCUGGAGGGCAUCAUCGACCGCUACCAGCAGGGCCGGGCCGUGGCCCUCCGCUGCCAACUGUGCGAGAAGGCACCCCGGGAAGCCACUGUCAUGUGCGAGCAGUGCGAUGUCUUCUACUGCGAGGCAUGCCGCCUGCGCUGCCACCCUCCCCGCGGGCCUCUGCUCAAGCACCGCCUGCUGCCGCCCGCCCAGGGCCGUAUCUGCAGGCGCCUCAGCCCCCGCAAGAUCUCCACCUGCACCGACCACGAGCUGGAGAACCACAGCAUGUACUGCGUCCACUGCAAGGCGCCCGUCUGCUACCAGUGUCUGGAGGAGGGCAAGCACGACAGCCACGAGGUGAAAGCGCUCGGGGCCAUGUGGAAGCUGCACAAGAAUCAGCUCUCUCAAGCAUUGAAUGGAUUGUCAGAGAAAGCAAAAGAAGCUAAAGAAUUCUUGGCACUACUGAGAAACAUGGUGCAGCAAAUCCAGGAGAACAGCGUAGAGUUUGAAGCCUGCCUUGUUGCUCAGUGUGAUGCUCUCAUCGAAGCUCUGAACAGAAGGAAGGGACAGUUGCUUUCACGAGUGACCAAAGAACAUGAGCACAAACUGAAGGUGGUCAGAGAUCAAAUCAGCCAUUGUACCGUCAAGCUGCGCCAAACAACUGGUCUGAUGGAAUACUGCCUGGAAGUAAUUAAAGAGAAUGAUCCCAGUGGUUUCUUACAGAUUUCAGAUGCUUUGAUAAGGCGUGUGCUCUUUAUCGAUGAACAAUGGGGAAAAGGCAUCCUUCAACCACGCCUGAACACUGACUUUGAUUUAACCCUGGACAACACACCACUCUUGCAAUCCAUCUUACAGCUGGACUUUGUGCAGAUGAAAGUUCCCUCUCCAGUGCCAUCAGCCCCAAUCCUGCAAUUGGAGGAAUGUGGUACGCGCAACAACAGUGCUACAUUGUCCUGGAAACAACCAUCACUUUCAUUAGUUCAAGUGGAGGGCUACAUUCUGGAGCUGGAUGAUGGAAUUGGUGGCCAAUUUAGAGAGGUCUAUGUUGGAAAAGAAACAAUGUGCACUGUUGAUGGUCUACAUUUCAACAGUACAUACAGCUCCCGAGUGAAAGCUUUCAACAAGGCAGGAGUUGGUCCAUACAGCAAGACACUUGUACUGCAGACUUCAGAGGUUGCCUGGUUUGCUUUUGAUUCAGGUUCAGCUCACCCUGACAUUCUGUUCUCUAAUGGCAACCUCACUGUUACCUGCAACAGCUAUGAUGACAGGGUAGUACUAGGAAACACCGGAUUUUCCAGAGGUGUCCAUUAUUGGGAGCUGAAUAUUGACCGCUACGACAAUCAUCCUGACCCUGCUUUUGGUGUGGCUCGUUUAGAUGUCUUGAAAGAUGUCAUGUUAGGAAAGGAUGAUAAGGCCUGGGCAAUGUAUGUUGAUAAUAACCGAAGCUGGUUUAUGCAUUACAACUCUCACACUAACAGAACUGAGGGAGGCAUUGCCAAAGGAGUCACAGUUGGAGUGUUGCUGGACUUCAACAAACGAACACUUACCUUUUCCAUUAACGAUGAACUACAGGGACCGGUUGCCUUUGAAGGCUUGGAAGGCCUCUUUUUCCCAGCAGUAAGCCUGAAUAGAAACGUGCAGGUAACACUCCACACUGGUUUGAAAAUUCCUCACUAUGGUGCUGCUGUUGCUAAUAAUGCAACAAGAGACCAAUGCACAUCCUAAUUCUGGCCAUUAUGCAAAAACUUGCUUGGGACCCAAGUGACAGCAAUCCUGUACACUGCUAAGAUUCUUAAAGGAUUCAACAUCUCUUGAUACAAGUUUGUUAGUUGGUGCUUAAUGACUGGAGGAAAACCAAAUAUAGUUAACUACACUACAGUUGUGACGUACAUGAUUAUUACCAGAACAUGUGGUUACUUUGACGCUUUGUGUGCUAACUAAAAUUGUAAAAGCUUUGAUGAAACCUAAAGUAAUAUAAUGUCAAGUCUUUUUUUUGUGCUGCUUUAAUUGCUGUGCACAGAUUUAGCUACUAUCGUUAAUUAGAAUGAAAAAGAACAAUGCAGUGCAAUGCAAUUGUUGAAAGUGCUGUAUUUGCAAGCAGUUACGUUGCAAGGUAUUCACAGUUGCUAUUAACCUUCAGGAUUUAUCCUGCCCUGUUGCCUUUGAAUAGAUAUAUAACACCAUUCCAAAACAGUUGUUUGAAUUAUCAAUGGGCAAUCUGUCUACUGCCAUUCAAAUUCCUGCUCAGAUUGCAAUGUUAAGUGCUUCAGGUGCCCAAUUAUCAGGAAAUUCUCACAGAUUUUAUUAUAUUGGAUAUUGAGCACUAACUUUUAAAAAUUGUCUUGUAUAUUCCAAUAUCAAACCUAGUGGGAUCAUUACAUCAAUGAAUGUGAAUAUACAGUUUGUAGAAAAUUGACCAAUAAUUGGUUUAUAUUUCGAUUAUUCCGUGAAUGAACUUCAAAUUUUAGUAUACACGUUCUCAAGUAAAUGGGAACAUCGACAAUCGCAUUAUUAGGCUGGGCAGAUAAAAGAAAAUCAGAAUUGGUGUAAGGUGUUUUUAGGUUGUACAAUUCUUCAAAAAUCUAUUUUUUUAAUAAACUAAAAUGCUUUGGCUAAUGGGUGAAACGUGUAGUUUUUCUCCCAUAAUUUCUAUUGUGCUGUAGCCUGAAUAUGGUCUUUGGCUAGUGAAUGAGGAUAAGUCUUGAUUAACAAAAUACAUAUCCAUUACAAAUGGGAUACAUUUAUUAUUAUGCAAGGCGAUAAGCAUGAUCAUAGAAUCAUUAUCACACUGUCGAUCUUAUGCUGGCUUUGAAAGAGAUCCAGUUUUCCCAAUCCACUAGUCUUUUCCCACACUUUCCCCAAGUAUGUACCCAAUACAUUUUUGAAAAUCACUACUAUUUUUGCUUUCAUCCUCCUAAUGAGAAAUGCAAUCUUCCCUCAUGCCAUCUUUUACUAAUUAUUUUAAACGUUCUUUGGUUACUGUCAGUGAAAGUUAUUUUUCAUUAUGUAAAAAAAAAAUCAAUUUUUUGGAAGUAUUUCUCCUUAUCUUUCCAUGUUUUAAAUAGAACAUUGGUACUUCCUUACAAUAUGAACAUGAUUCAAGUCGCAUGCUAUUGCUUUUUUUAUAUACCUUUCUUGUCACCUUCAAGGGCUUCUCAAAUGCCAUAGCUGAAGCCAAAAAAGUGGUUGAUAAGAGUAGUAAACUGCUUUUAUUAUUCUGUACCUUUGUUAUAAGGCAAGCAAUACUGCUUGUUGAUGUAUACACGGCCAAGACUCAUUGUUCCUGGAUUAUAUUUAACAUUGUGAGAGUUAAGUUUGCCUCUAAUUCUACAAUCCAAACGUUUUUACUUUCCAUGACUCUGCAUUAAAUUUUGAAUUUCACCAUCGCAGAAACAUGUUCUGCUUUUCUUAAGUUCUCUCAGCUUCGUUAAUCAAAUUUUCACUCCUAUUCUGGAAGUUAUUUAUCACUGGGAUUUUCUACCUUUUAAAAUGAUUUAAUAGAUAUCUAAGUAUGUUUACAUUAAUUAUUUAAAAGUACAAGCCUAGAAAUGUAUUUUUCACUGGUAGUGCUAUAACAGAGCACAUGGCCCCCACUCCAUUUCCAAAAUUUGGUUCCAAUUACAGACAUACGGGAGGACAUGGAGUUUUUAGGUUCCAUUGGAACGGAAUUUUGGAAGUUGACUGAUUUAUACACAUUGUAGUGUUAGAUUACUUGACAUUUCUUCCCAUUACCGUACUCUCAUGUACAGAAAUUUAAUGUAUUUCGAUUUUCAUUCAUUCAAAUAAUUUAAAUCUCAUGUUCAGGUCAAGCUUCAGCAUGGUCAUUCUCCUACUUAAGUUUACAGUAUUAAAAUACCUAUUUUGGCUACAGUGGAACAGAACUUUCAAAGCUGACUAAAUUGUGCAGCUCCUCCAGCAUGUACUUAGUACAACAAAGCAUAAAAACUGUUAAGUAUUAAAAGUGCUGGCUGAUUGGCACUCAAAUUGUUUUCCGAAAACAAACUGUUUAGCAACACAUCUGCUCAGGAAAGUACAAAUUCUUAAAAUUAUGAAGCAAUUCAAACAUGAAUAUAAAACUGAUUGGUAAUCCAAACAACCAGGCAUUAUUUUAAAAGGACAAUGCAACACUGUGUUUAACCUUCAGAACCUUAAUUUUGAUUCUAAAUAAGGUCUUGUAUCGAAGUGCUGAUAACAUAUGCAUGCUGCAUGUUAGAAUUGUAAACAGCUAGUUAUCCAUUUAGAAGGAUUUCCAGACCAUCGCAACACUGGUGUGAAAAGUUCAGUUGCUAAAAUCCUUUUGUGCCAAUCGCGUCAAACAGGAAUUUAGAUGAAGGGGUUGUAGCUUCAAAAAGAGCAGUAAUUAAAAGGAAAAAGAAACCAUGAAACUAAUGUUUUGGUCUUAUUUGAAUGUAACAAUUUGUUCAUUCUUAAUGUCAUAAUUGUAUAAUCUCAUUAUUUAUCUUCCCAGUAUAUUUUUCUGGUUUGUCAAAGUUCAUAAUUCAUUAAUACCGUUGCUGGUCAACAACAAUCUGUAUUUUGGCUGGACCACAAAUUUCUCAUUUUUCACAGUUGAUCGGUACUUUAUCAAGCUUACCAGACUUGUAGCAUAUUGUAAUAUGAGCCCAUGACCAUAUAGCAAACUGGCUACACUGCUUACUGUUAUGGAUGAUGAAAUCGCUCCUGUUUGCUGUUCCAAUAAACUUUUAUAAAUUA